CGUUUAAAGCAGACACCCCUCCAGAACGAAAAAUAGAGGUUACUGAGACGAACAGAGCACUCACCGGAAUCGAAAGCAAAAUUGGCGGUAUUAACAUUCCCAAACGACAAUGAGGUACAAUUUCGACCUGAACGAAGCUGAUUCUGAUCCGCGUCGAUCUCUAAUCCCCAAACUAGACGUCGAUUGGGUUCCUCUCACGACUCACCCCGUUUUCACUCCCUCCGCCGUCGACUAUGGCGGUUCUGCUGCUCCGCCUCUCAGAAAUCUUCUGGCCUGGGAUGGUGCCUCUCGUCUCUAUUUCUGGGACUCCACCAAACUCUGCUUGCACCGGAUUUCCAUCCGCCUCGGAGAACCCGAACCCACCUCCGUCCUCGCCGCUUCCCCCUCUAAAGUGCUGCAACCCGAUGUACAGCUCGACUUUGUGGUGCAUAAGAUUUCUAUCAAUAAGAAUGGAUCGGCAUUGGCCCUUGUGGGUCCUGGUGGGUUGUGCAUAAUGCACCUCUACGGUCACAGUUCUACCAGAGAUAACAACACUAUCAUCUGUAGGACUGUUAGAGUUGGUCCGCAAAUCUACUAUGGUGGUCAUGAUGUCAUACGCACGCUUCAAGUUUCUUGGCACCCAUAUAGCAACUUCCACCUUGGAAUCCUUUCAUCUGAUUCUGUUUUCAGGCUUUUCAAUCUGUCUUCGGAUAUUGUGCAACCAGAGCAAGAAUAUUAUAUACAGCCAGUGGAACCUGGUCAAUCUAAUAAUGCCACUUCAAUCUGUCCGGUUGGUUUUUCAUUUGGGGGAGAUCACUUGUGGGACAAGUUCAGUGUGUUUGUUUUAUUCAGUGAUGGUUCAAUUUACAUCCUCUGCCCAGUUGUUCCAUUUAAAAGUGUUUACGUGUGGGAAUCUAUAUUGGAGAUUUACAAUGAUGCUCAGUCUUCUGGGCUAAAAUCAGCCAAUCCAACGGCUGUCAGUAAUUCUAGUCUUGCAAUUUCUUGGUUGGAAGAAACUUUUCCAAAUUUAGUUCGAGCACCAGAUGGAGGAGAUAUGUCAGUGAUAGUUGCCCAUCCUUGUGCUUUAUUUGAUGCGUCAAUUGCAUUGCAGGGGCCUUUGUGGAGAGCAUGUAAUAAUGGAAAUGAAGAAGAUAUAUCAAUUAAAGGUGCAGAAUGUGAAGGAGGUGCAGUAAGUUUGCUGUAUAAUCUAAUCAGUAAAGACUCAGUUCUCGUGACAGCAUGGAGUGGUGGGCAACUGCAGAUAGAUGCCCUUGCAGAUGAAGUUCAACCUGUCUGGAACGUUGGUAGUUCUCCACGUGUACGUGUUGAUCCGAAUGACAAUAUUCUUGGUCUUGGUAUGAUAUGCGAAUUGAUUACAGGGAAGCUCUCAAAGGUGAAGCUUGAUCAACCACUUGAUCAUACAGUUUGGUUGGGGCUUCCACCCCCUUUGCUGAGACUGGCUAUAGUAGAUCUGGCCCUUCCAAAAAAAAUGGAGAGAGAUUCUCUUAUAACGAUGUUUGUUGAUAAACUUAUGGAUCAAAGAAUUUUUGCUCUUCACAAUGGAGGUAUAGACUCGAUUAUAUUGCAUUUUCUUCCAUUCACAAGUCAAAGCAGAGGACAGGACCCGAUAAUGAGAACUCCCUCUGUGCAUUCUGUUCUGAAUACCUGCUGCCAGGGAGACACCUCCAACCCAUUUCCACUUUGUGGUUUUGCCUCGUUAUCUGAUUCAUUUGGAUACUCUUGGAUUGUGGGAGUCACCUUUUCUCAAGAAUGCAUUGUCCUAGAGAUGAAGACUUGGAACCUUCUAGUCCCAGUUCAGGUUAGCAAUUUCCUAAAUGAGGGACAAUCAGCUGCAGCAGUGACAGGGGAGAAAAGUGAAAGCGAAAGAUCUGAAAUUAUAAGCAAAGAUCUUCUUGGCGGACCUAAGGUAGUUCUCCUUCCUCAGUCAUCAUCAAAUAUGCGUUCUGUGACUGCCGAUUCCAUUGAAGGUCGGUCCAUGCUUCAUCAGUAUUUCAAGCUCUUCCAUGAAAAUUAUGUGGAGUAUGCACACUCGGUGUACUAUGAGCUCAAGCAGCAUGGGCCCAGGUUGAAGAGAUUAAAUGACGAUCAGCAAACUCGUUUAAGAGAGGCACAACAAAAGCUCUUAAAAGUAGAGGGUAAACAGCAAGUAUUGGACGACAGGAUAGAAAGUGCUAUCAAACUGCACAAUGUUCUGGAAGAGCGGAUACAUCGGUUGAAGAACUUGCCAGGAGCUCACAAAAAGCCGUUGUCCAAAGCAGAAAGAGAGUUUAAAUCUACACUUGACCACUUUACAGGCGUUGAGUUGGACGCUUUGCGUAUUUCAAUGGAUACAGUAACUGCAAGACUAAGGAGGUUUAAAAAUUCUUCAAAGAACAACAACAAUGGAGUGAAUCAACAACAGAAAAUGUACAGGAGAAGCACAUAUGUUCAAGGCUCUCAGAUCUCCCAACUCAAAUCAUCGCUUGAGAAACUCUCCCUCCUCAACGCUGAGAACACUAAAAAGGUUAAGCUAGUUGAAUCUGCCAUAAAAAGCAAGGAGAGGAACGGAUACUGAUACUCAUAUCUUUUCUCUGUAUUUGAAUGUAUAAAUGGUGUUGCAAUUGACGUCUCUGACUAAUACUGUAAAGAAGACUGUGUCAGACCCCAAAAACUGCAGACUCAAGUCAAAUCAUCUGAAUUUUGAAGCCUGGAGAACCUCUGGGCAGAAGAUAUGUGGGUGGGUGGGUAGAAGAAGCCAGUGUUUGAUUGGCUACAAAAAUUGGUACUCUUGGAGAAGGGGCCGAGAGAAGUGAUAUAUAUAUAUAAUUUUUGUAUUGGCAAUUCAUUGGCUUGUACUA